UGUACCCCAAAGAAUUCAGAGUGAAAAGUUUAGUCAGUGUGUGUGGAUGCUGGCAGGCUCGUAAGAAACAUCCUGGGACUUUAGUGUCGUCGGAGCCCCUUAAAUACUAUAUCACCUCAGUGAGGUUCAAAGGUCUGAGCGCUUAGUCAUUUUUAGGCUCCACUUACACAACUUUGAUUUCAGUCGUCUCGAGUAAAGUAACCGGCGUGUUGCAGUUCGCAGUCGCACCACAGAGGCUUUAUAAGUUACCAAACUUUCAAAAGAGACGAUCGUGUAACAUGUCAGCCGCACGGAUGCAGUUCCUAUCACCCAGAAACGCCCGGCUUUUGAGCCGGGGCCGAGACGCGUUGUUAGCCGGCGGCGGCGGCGGUGGUGGUGGUGGUCCCAGGGUCCGCUCACUGACCUCUCCCCCUUUGUCCUCCUCCUCUCCCGGCAGAGCUUUAUCGAGUCUGAGUGCGACACGGCGUGGGCUGCCCCAAGAGAAAAUGUCCGAAAAUGGAAUGGUGUCCCGGGCCAAGGUGUUGACCAUCGACACCAUGAACCCCACAGUGAAGAAGGUGGAGUACGCCGUGCGGGGGCCCAUCGUGCAGCGGGCUGUGGAGCUGGAGAGGGAGCUCUCAGAGGGAAUGAAGAAGCCAUUUGCAGAGGUCAUCAAGGCCAACAUUGGUGACGCUCAUGCUAUGGGACAGCAGCCAAUCACUUUCUUCCGACAGGUCUUGGCGCUAUGCUCCUACCCUGAACUGCUGAAUGACAGUACAUUCCCAGAGGAUGCUAAAAGUAGAGCACACCGCAUUCUGCAGUCCUGUGGAGGGAACAGUAUGGGCUCCUACAGUGCCAGUCAGGGCAUAGACUCUGUGCGUCAGGAUGUGGCUCGCUACAUUGAGCGAAGGGAUGGUGGUGUGCCCUGUGACCCAGACGACAUUUACCUCACCACAGGGGCCAGCGACGGCAUUGUGACCAUGCUGAAGUUGCUGGUGUGUGGGGAAGGUGCGGCCCGUACAGGCGUCAUGAUCUCCAUACCUCAGUAUCCCCUGUAUUCGGCUGCGCUGGCCGAACUCGGCGCUGUGCAGAUUAACUAUUACCUAAAUGAGGAAACAUGCUGGAGCCUGGACAUCGGCGAGUUGCAGCGGGCUCUGGAUGAAGCUCGGCAAUACUGCAACCCCCGAGCCCUGUGCAUCAUCAACCCCGGAAACCCCACCGGUCAGGUUCAGAGCAGAGAGUGCAUUGAGGAUGUAAUCCGAUUUGCAGCAAAGGAGCGUCUCUUCCUCAUGGCUGAUGAGGUGUACCAGGAUAACGUGUACGCUGAGGGUUGCCAGUUCCACUCUUUUAAGAAGGUUCUGUUUGAGAUGGGGCCAGAGUACUCGAAUACAGUGGAACUGGCGUCCUUCCACUCCACUUCCAAGUGUUACAUGGGAGAGUGUGGUUUCCGCGGAGGCUACAUGGAGAUUAUCAACAUGGACGAUGAGGUGAAGGCCCAGCUGACUAAGCUGGUGUCGGUCCGUCUGUGUCCUCCUGUUCCUGGUCAGGCUCUAAUGGACCUGGUGGUCAACCCUCCGCAGCCUGGAGAGCCUUCAUAUGACAACUUCAUCAAGGAGCGCACAGCUACCUUAAGUGCCUUGGCACAGAAGGCCAAGCUUACAGAGCAGGUUCUCAAUACAGUGCAAGGCAUCAGCUGCAAUCCUGUGCAGGGUGCCAUGUACUCCUUCCCUCGCAUAACCAUCCCUGAAAAAGCCAUUAAAGAGGCCACGGACAAAGGUCAGCAGCCAGAUAUGUUUUACUGCAUGAAGAUGCUGGAGGAGACUGGGAUCUGCCUCGUACCUGGAAGCGGCUUCGGCCAGAAGGAUGGAACCUACCACUUCAGAAUGACCAUCUUGCCACCAAAUGACAAGCUGCAGAUCCUGCUGAACAAAGUCAAGGAGUUCCACCAGAGAUUCACCCAGCAGUAUUCUUAAAAUUUCCAUAUCUGUUCUCUCCUCCAUUCACUAAGGGGAGGAGCUCACCAACCACAACAAAGAGAACUCAGCCAAUCACAUUUUAUCUGUCACUAAUAAGUGCCUUCUCUGCGACGGCUCUGGUGGUCUCUGUGAUGACGCACUUCAGCCUCUACAGCUGUUUCAUUUGGACACUGGUAGACAGUACACAAGGCACUGUGUCAGAAAACAAAACUGGAGAUGAAGAAAUGAAUUCAGAGAUGUGUAUCAGUUUAGUAUGAAAUAUAUGCCUUCGUUUAAUGUUCCAGUUUUGAAAGAUGUAUUAUACUUUAGGUCUGUGUAUUUGUGAGUAUGAGAGAUAGACCGUCAAUGUCAAUGCCAAGCUUAAAAAAAGGUACAACUGAAGAAAAUGUGAUGCUGCUUAACACCUUGAGUGUGUGUACAACUUGUUAAAAUAUUCCAUUCCUGCAGGCUGUACUCGACAGGGAGGAUAUAUGGGAAAGUCUCAUUUGCAUGAUGAUUCCGAUAUGAUUUGGUAGAAUCAAAAUAAAUGUAACAGUCUG